GCAUACCUCCUCUUCACCAGCCAACGUGCGAGCCGAGGCUGACGCGAGUACCCGCAUACGGAGUGCGGACCGCCGAGAGUCGUUGCGCGCAUCCUCGGUCAUUUUUUUUUUCACCCUUCCAGAGGAAAAAAAAAAAAGCCUCGCUCACAUUUGUUCCUCCUCCAUCCUGACGCAGAAAAUACGCGUGUGUUUCGGAGCUCCCCUCCAUCCUCUCCAUCCGGCUCUGUCUCUCAUCUCCACUGGAAACUAGAGACAAUUUCGGAAUACGGUUCCUCUCUGUGGCUGGUGCCAUGUGACAGGGCUUUUCAUCAUGUGGCACGUCUCUCCUCUCUAACUAAAGUCGCUGUCUGCGUAAUCUGGAGGCUGAUGCAUCCAAAGAGGGGCCAAGUGGAGGAACGAUAAAAAGCCCCUGGGGAAAAUGGAAGUUUUGGCGUUGGCUUGGUCCGCUGCUGCUGCUGGUGAUUUGGUGAUUGGUGCAGGGGGAAAACUGCGUCGCCAGAUCUGAGAGCCUGGGAUUCUCGGGGUCAUUACAACAGGACCCGCUUUUCAAGAUAACUAGGUCCCCCCUCCUGACGAUAUUGAAGGGGCUCAGAUUUAUUUCUCCAAACGAGCGGCCACAUCUUCCAGGUCCCUCACUUCGCCUCGACGCGUCGGCGUUUGGAUGCAGGUUCGGUUUCCUCUGCGGCUCCGCGCCUCUCUCCGCUCGCCCCACAAUAUGAUUCCAUGCUGGUGAGAAUUUCAACAGGGUGCCAGUGUGUGUGUGAGUACCCGGGGAUCUCUGCUGAUUCCCCCCUCAUCGUCCAGUGAAGAGCACAUCAAGGCGCAGAUUACAGGGAAUUUCCUUGAUGGACUAAUACAAAACCAGAAGCUCCGGGUUUUUCGGGAUUUUAACUCGCUCUCACUCACAGAGGAGUGAUUUUCUUUUAUUUCUCUUGAUUCUGGGGAGGGGGACAUACAUGUGGACAUCAUGAAAGUUACCUCCGCUGUGGUGUUGCUCGUCGCCGUGUUUUGGAGCCAGGAGUGGAAGUCGGUGCUCUCGGAUUCAAUCAUCCACAUCGGUGCCAUCUUUGAUGAGUCAGCACGGCAAGAUGACGAGGUGUUUCGUCUUGCUGUGGCGGAUCUCAAUUUGAACAAUGACAUCUUGCAGACGGAGAAGAUCACCGUUUCAGUGGAGUUUGUCGAUGGAAACAACCCCUUUCAGGCCGUACAAGAAGCCUGCGAGCUGAUGAACCGCGGUAUCCUGGCCUUGGUCAGUUCAAUCGGCUGCAUGUCAGCGGGCAGCCUUCAAAGUCUGUCCGAUGCCAUGCACAUCCCCCACCUCUUCAUCCAGCGUUCCCCAGCCGGGAGUCCCCGCUCCGCCUGCCCACCCACCGGUCGCGUCCCUGGAACCGAUGACUACACCCUAAUGGUCCGCCCACCUGUCUAUCUCAAUGAGGUCAUCAUGCAAGUGGUGUCUGAGUAUAGCUGGCAGAAGUUCAUCCUCUUCUAUGAUUCUAAUUUUGAUAUCCGUGGUAUCGAGGAUUUCCUGGACCGGACCUCUCAGCAGGGAAUGGACGUCUCCCUGCAGAAGGUGGAAUCUAAUAUCAACAUGAUGAUCACAAGCCUGUUCAGAACAAUGCGUGUGGACGAGCUGCAUCGAUACAGGGAUACACUACGCAGAGCCGUGCUGUUCAUGAGCCCAGCCACUGCCAAGGCUUUUAUCACUGAGGUGGUGGAGACCAACCUGGUGGCUUUCGAUUGUCACUGGAUCCUGAUAAAUGAGGAGAUCUCAGACUACGACUUGCAGGAGUUGGUUAUGAAGUCAAUUGGUAGGCUGACGGUGAUUCGGCAGAUGUUCCCCGUGCCUCAGAACGCAACUCAGCGCUGUGUCAAACACAACCACAGGAUCAACACUUCCCUCUGUGACCCCAAAAACCCCAGGUCCCAUCAGCUGGAGAUCUCCAACCGCUACAUCUAUGAUUCCGUGUUGCUGCUGGCCAACACCUUUCACAGAAAACUGGAGGAUAGGAAGUGGCACAGCAUGGCCAGUCUGAGCUGCAUCAGGAAGACCUCCAAACCUUGGCAGGGAGGCAAGAGCAUGCUGGAUACUGUUAAAAAGUUCGGUGUGAGCGGCCUCACAAGUUUCCUGGAGUUCAAUGACAACGGCUCGAACCCCAACAUCUUCUUUGAAAUCCUGGGGACGAAUUAUGGAGAAGAACGGGGAAGAGGAGUCAGUAGGCUGGCAAUGUGGGACCCAGUUCACGGCUUGAACGGCACGCUGACCGACAGGAAAUUGGAAAAUAACAUGAGAGGAGUGGUGCUACGCGUUGUCACCGUUUUGGAGGAGCCGUUCGUAAUGGUGUCUGAGAAUGUUCUGGGGAAACCCAAGAAGUACCAGGGCUUCUCCAUCGACGUCCUGGACGCGCUGUCCAACUACCUGGGCUUCAAGUACGAGAUCUACGUCGCCCCGGACCACAAGUAUGGCAGCAUGCAGCCGGACGGCCAGUGGAACGGACUGAUGGGGGAAUUAGUCUUCAAGCGAGCCGAUGUGGGACUCUCUGCCCUCACCAUCACGCCUGAGCGAGAGAGCGUUGUGGACUUCACCACACGCUACAUGGAUUAUUCUGUGGGUGUUCUGCUGCGCAAGGCCGAACGCACCGUGGACAUGUUCGCCUGCCUGGCACCCUUCGACCUGUCACUGUGGGCGUGCAUCGCGGGCACCGUGCUCCUCAUUGGCAUCCUGGUGUACCUGCUCAACUGGCUCAACCCACCCCGGCUACCCAUGGGAUCUGUGUCUUCGACUACGCUGUACAACUCCAUGUGGUUUGUGUACGGCUCCUUCGUACAACAAGGUGGGGAGGUACCCUACACCACCCUGGCUACGAGGAUGAUGAUGGGCUUCUGGUGGAUGUUUGCUCUGAUCGUCAUCUCCUCGUACACCGCCAACCUAGCAGCUUUCCUCACCAUCACACGCAUCGAGAACUCAAUACAGUCUCUACAGGAUUUAUCUAAGCAGACAGACCUGCCUUAUGGCACAGUGCUGGACUCUGCAGUCUAUGACCAGGUGCGCUCCAAAUCUAUGAACCCCUUUGAGAGAGAUCCCAUGUACUCCCAGAUGUGGCGGAUGAUCAACCGCACUGGAGGAGGGGACAACAAUGUUGAGGAGUCAAAAGAAGGCAUCCGCAAGGUGAAGUAUGGGCGGUUCGGCUUCGUGUGGGACGCAGCCGUGCUGGAGUACGUCGCCAAUAAUGACGAGGAUUGCUCCUUCUAUACUGUCAAGAGCAGCGCACCAGACCGUGGAUACGGUAUCGCCAUGCAGCACGGCAGCCCCUACCGGGACAUUUUCUCCCAGAGAAUCUUGGAGCUCCAGCAGAACGGGGACAUGGAUAUACUGAAACUCAAGUGGUGGCCGAAGGACAGCCCAUGUGACCUGUACAGCUCAGUACAGACACGGCAGCACAGCAAUGCCCUGGACAUCCAAAGCUUCGCAGGUGUCUUCUGUGUCCUGGCGGCUGGCGUUGUGCUCUCCUGCCUCAUCGCCAUGGUGGAAAGCUGGUGGUCACGGAGGAAGGGAUCCAGGGUCCCCUCCAAGGAGGACGAUAAGGAGAUCGACUUGGAGCACCUACACCGCCGGGUUAACAGCUUGUGCACCGAGGAUGAGAGCCCCCACAAGCAAUUCUCCACCUCUUCCGUCGAUUUAACGCCCCUCGACAUGGAUGCGCUGCCAGCUGCGCGCCAGGCCCUCGAGCAGAUCAGCGAUUUCCGCAACACCCACAUCACAACCACCACCUUCAUCCCCGAGCAGAUCCAGACCCUCAGCCGCAGCCUCUCUGCCAAAGCCGCCGCUGGAUUUUCCGCUGGUUUCGGCAGCGGCGGGGGCGUUCUCCAGGACCACCGGACUGGGGUGGGCCCUUUCAGGCAGAGGGCCCCCAACGGUGGCUUCUUCCGCAGCCCCAUUAAAACAAUGUCCUCCAUCCCCUACCAGUCCACAGGUCCAGGACCCAACUUUGGAUAUGGCAACGAUCCAGACAGGGGCACCUCCAUAUGAGGAGUCGCUAAGAAUGUGGUUGGUUCAGGAGGAGGAGGAGGAGAAGGAAGAGAAAGAGCAGGAGGUGAGGUGGUUAGAGUCAGUCACGGGGUGGUUGAACAAAUACAUUACGGCUAAGCUAAAAAGACAGAGGAUAGUGAUCUGUGUACAUAGGAUUCUCUCUGUUUUAUAUAUGGAGAAGACGACGGAGGUGGAGCUCUGCUGGGGCGUCUCCUUAUCCUCCUGCAAACCAAGCUGGUGAGGUGCAAGAGGGGGAAGAGGGAGGGGGAUAUUUGCUUUAUUGAUGUCGUUCUUGUGAUUGUUUGGGGGAUUCUUUUGGGAAAUAAAGGGGUGUGAAAGGGGAUCUUAUUUUUUAUAGUUUUGGUUUUAUGGCAUGAGGACUGCCUCAUGUGAGGGACAUUUGCUGAAAUGACCUGACUCCUAUUACUGUCUGAACCCCACCUCGGAGGGUUCAGUUUGUACGACUCUGACCGCAGGAAAUACUUCAUAAUUCUUGUGAGCUCCCAGGCUGGCAUUGGUGGAAGACUGGCGCUGUCUUUGGCCAAGAAGCAACAACGACUAAUAAGCAAUUUUGGGGCUGUUAUUUUAUGAAGGUAUAUAUAACCACAGUUUUGUCCGUAGCCCUGGGAGUGCACACAGGAAACCCCUUGUAGUUUUGAAAAGGCCCCCAUCUCAGUGAAUAUUGGAAGAAUCCACUUCUCCGGGUUUUCUCUGCCUUUUUGCUAUGUGGGAGUCCAUUCUCGGUUUUCUCGUCUUCUCCGGUGUCGUUCCACCAAUACCUCGGGUUCCCAAUGUGUAAGUAUCUCCAAGAUGGUGUCAACACAGUGGCCUGACUAGACCUAAGACUUUACAGCUGAACACAUGCUGACACAGUGAUGGUGCGUCGCUCUGAGAACUGUUGAAAUGCAGCGCAACAGUACGACACUGUAGAAUCACCGACCUGGUGCAUCGAUCUUAAACUACGUCUGCCAUUUUGGUGCAUCAGCCUGAAACUUUGACCAUUUUGAUGCACAUUAAAGACUCUUUGUCAAUUCCACUGCACUGUACCAGUGCCCACAGACCUGUAAGUGAUUGUAUGUAGAGCUGACCUUUUUCUUUUUCUCACCUGUAUUGUGCUAUCUGCUUUUUCGAGACAAGGUGAGAUCCUCGAAUCAGACUCUCAGAGGGAUAGUAAAAGGGAUGUUACAAAAAAAAUCUUCUUAAAGAGAAAAAAAAAAACAUAAAAGAAGAGCCGAAAGACUUCAAAAAGCUUAUGCUUAUUAUAUGUCUUUUAUUGAAUUUUGUUUUUGAAAAAAAAAUAGAUUUUAAUGCGUGGAAUGUGUUUUGGUCAGGAAGUACAAAAAAAAUAACAUUGUUCUGAGCUGUCUGCUUGUUUUUUUAUUUUCCUCAGCAAACUUUGAAAAACUGCUAAAUGAGUGAUGUAGUCUCUGGGUUUUUGCAUAACUGUCAUUCAGACUUUUACUUUUGAUUUCCUUUUUUUCUUUGUUUUGCUUAAUUAUAGUGCUGCCAUGGCCUUGGUGUUUAAAGAUAAAAAGCUAAUUCUGUAAGGUCAUGUCCUGUUUGAGUUCAUCGAUCACUUCUUAUCAGGUUCGAGUGGGGAAGCAGAGUUGAUUUUGUGUUAAGGAGAAGCCAUUGCAACAGCAUCUUCAGUACAGGCCUUAUAUGUUGACUAUAGCGAGUCAUACCCUCCCAACACCCAAUUUAUCACCAUGUACAUUUAAGAGCAGCGAGUCCGAGGCUGUACUUUCGGGUCAUGGGAAUGUCACCAACAGUCAAUGGUCAUCGGAACCCUGUGGCUGCCUUUUAUGAGAUGAGUUCAAAAUAUACUUCUAUUUCAUAUCUGUAAUGUUAAGGGUACUGUUUAUAUACCUUGUUUUGUUUUUUUAAAGUGCCAAUUAAUUAAACAGACCAUUUAGGUGCAUUUUGGGGGCGGGGAAGUGGAUCGGUAAGUUAAGAUCAUUAAAAGGUAUUUUGUGGAUUUGGGGGUAAAAUGGAACCAAACCUUUUUUUUCAUUUUGUUUUCACUAACACUGUAUUAAUAAUUGAUAAUGUUAGUUGUUUAGAACAAGUUUUCAGUUUGUUAUCUUUAAGAACUAAAACCGCAAAAUUGUCGCGCAUAGAGAACUCAGUUGAGCCACGGUGUUAUUGAAGCAAGCGUUCUUAGGCAUCCUUUUCUUAUAUUAGGCUACAGUAUGGCUAUUGAAUGACAAAUAGGACACAGACGUUUAAAAAAAGUUUUAUUUAGUAUAAAUGAGAGAGACAUUAUAAAAAUGUAUAUUUUACAUGUUUAUGCUAUUUUUGUUUAACAAAAGGAAAAGAGUAUAUCAUGAUGAGCUUUAGUGUUGAGUUCAGCGGUCACAUCACUGCGUGUGGUUUUCCCGUGUCCCGCCCAUGGUCAACAUAAAACACACACACUCUUUGCUUUUCUCACGUCAUCCUGAGUUCAUCUUAUUAUUUGCUGGCUAAAUAACAAAAAGUGGCAAGUCGAUUAAAAAGAGAGCAUGCACAAACUUGCUGUUGCGCUAUCUGUUAACAUUUUUAAUUUCAUACAUAGAACUAUAGGAUUUAAUUGAUAAUUUUCAAAAGUUUAUGAUGUACAGUAUUUAAUAUAGGCCUAUUUUGUUGUAUGUGUUGCAUAUUAUUCAAAAACUGAACAAACUGGGGCCUCUGUUACAAGUGGCAAAGCUUUCUGUGUAUAAUUUGUCUAAUAAACAGGUUUUCUACA